GGUUUAGUUUAGUUCAGCUGUUCUGUCUUUUUCUUUCUGCUAAGUUUUGUUUCGAGCCGAGUCCUCUUCAAUGGAGUCUCAAGAGGGUAUUGAAGCAGACUUCGAAUCGUAUCUCAACAACGAACAUGAUCAACAGAGACCAUCAUCGGACGGCUGCAAACAAGUGCCGUGGCUGAACUGGGAAGAGUGGGACUCCGUCAGAGAGUCUCUCUUCUCUUCCUCUCCUGAUAGAUUCGCUUUCGCCCUGCAAAGGGUUGAGACAUGGAGAAGUAGAGGGUCUAUUCCAGGGCCUGUGGAUGUUACUUGUUCCCUUCUUGAAAUUCAGCUCAAAGAUGGCUUUAUUGAGCGAGAGGAACAACCAGCAGAUGCAUUGUAUUCAGAGCAUUUACUUCAGAUGCUGUACACCAUGGGAAUACUCAGGCUUGUGAACUGUCUCUUAGAGAAGACAAGGAAGAGAGAUGAAGUUUCAAUUGCGGCUGCAGCUAGAGCAAUUGGUAUCCCUCGUAAAUUGAUCGAUCUUCGUCAUGAGGGUUCUCACCGUGAGCUCCCUUCUCUCCUUGUGCUUCGAGAUGCUUCAUAUGAGGCACUUGAAUGGUUGAAAUCUUUUUACUGGAAGCCUCAAAAGGCACAAAUCCCAUUGAAGAGAGAUGGAACGGCUAGCAUCAGAAGAGAAGUCAAAACCAAACUCAGGAAACUUUCUGUCUGCUUCCAACUUAAACAGAAUCCUCAAUAUGACUCCCCGUUGGUCAAAGAUAAAUGUUCUUAUAAAAGGAUAAGGAAGAUUGUGAGCAGCCUUGUUGAGCUAUACCCUUCUUUCUCGGCAGAGAUCUCAUCGGUGCUGCUUGAGUUCCUACUCAAGGCCUUGGAUUCUUCAAAGUCGGCAGAACUGGAGCCUGGCCAAGAUAUCAGGGUCUUUCUAGACGUGUGGAAACCUGUGGUCAUGGAGUUCUCAAACAGAGAACCUGAGUUACUUUUGACUCUACUCAAGCAAGUUCUUGAUAUGAUUCAAAAUAGUGAACGGAGAAGAUAUGAAACGGAUGUGAGUCUUACGGAUAAGUCAGCAGCAGAAGAAGUUUCUCAAGCUGCUGGGCAGCUCCCUUUCUUGUUUGCAUGGCUUGUGGGUCUUCUCACUGUGUCAAAGCAUUUUGAGAGGAACACUUCUCUUGAAGCGACACCUCCAAAGACGUUCCUUAUGGAACUUAUACGUCAGUGUCUGCUACUGGGAGCCUUGGGACAUGAGCUGGUUUCGAAAUCAGCUCUUGUGCUUGGGGAUAUUGCGGGAGGGCGUGUCUUGAAGGAGAAGCUCAGAAACCUCUCUCAGGUGGAUCCAUCAAAACAGAGUUCUUCCACUCUAGCAACAACUCCUACGACGCUCCGUGAGCAAGAGAAGAUUCUCGGAAGUGCAGGCAAGAGACUUGAGUCUGUAAAACUUCAACUCUCAAAGAAGAAAGGAAAUGAUGAGACAGAGAAAGCUAAUAAGAGAUGGAGAAAGGCGAAAACAUGGAGCCCUUGUCCAAUUGGUAUGUUGCCUCGGAUCAUUGGAUCUUCUGGACGUUUACCUCUUCUGGACCCUCCUCAGACGAUCUCAAAACAAGCACAAGGUAACAGCAACCUCAAGAGAGAAGCCGAGUGCAGUACUCAGCAACUGGAGAACUCGGCAUUGAAGAGAGCAAGGAAGAGUACAGAAGAUCUCAGCACAGAUGACGCGACACUUGAGGAAGUAGCUGAGAUUGAUAUAGAACAGACAGAUGAGAAAACUGAAAGUGAAUCACUGAUGUUGGAGGAUGAAGAGGAAGGCAUAGGCCACCUUAUGAUAGGUGGCUUGUGGGAAAGAAUAAAAGAUGGAGAGCCACUGAGGAUGGCUUCUUUAGUCAAAAUCUGUGGUUGAUUGAAGUUUUUGGAAAAAACUUUCACCACCAAUUACUAGAACUGAUAUUUUCAUGUUACAACUUUUUUCAAGAAAUAAGGCGAGAUAGUUCAUCAAUUUUUACAACUAUAUUGAUU